AUGAAUAAUACUCAGAUAGAAAAAUCAUUCAAUAAUUAUUUAAAUAGUGUAGAACAAGUUCAAAGAGGAAUAGAAAGAGUUAUAGACUCUAAUGAAGAGACAUUUUACAUUGAUUUGGAAGAAUUGAGAGAAGAGGAUAGAGAUUUAUUUAUUCAGAUACAGAGUGAUUUUAGAAGUAAAUAUGCUAUCCUAUCACAAAUAUUUAGUUCAUAUUGUGAAGCUAAGUAUGAUAAAAAGAUAGAAUUAAGUUUUAAGAAUCCUACUAACGUAUUAAAGGUAAGAGAACUUAAAUCUGAAGUUUUAGGUAGUUUAGUUAGUUUUGAAGGUACUGUAACUCGUACAACUCAAGUGAGACCAGAAUUAGUUUAUGGUACAUUUAAAUGUAAAGAUUGUUCAACUAUUAUUAGAGAUGUUGAACAACAGUUUCAAUUUACUGAACCAGCUAUUUGUCCUAACAUAUCAAUGUGUAAUAAUAGGAAAAAGUUUGAAAUAAUGCCUGAAGAGUGUGUGUUUUCAAACUGGCAAAGAAUUCACGUUCAAGAGAAUCCUAAUGAGAUACCAAAAGGUUCAUUGCCUAGACAUGUUGAUGUUAUUGUAAGAAAUGAAUUAUGUGAAAAGAUUAAUCCAGGUUCUCAUAUGGUAUUCACUGGAACAUUAAUUGUGAUACCAGAUUCAUCAUCUCUUAAAAUGCCUGCAACAAAGUCAGUUGGUGAGUAUAAAGGAAUUUUAGAUAAAGAAUUUAAGAACAAAAGAUCAAAAAGUAAAGAACUUAAUUAUAAAAUGAGUUUCUUUUGUAUUGCAGCUGAACUAUCUGUAAGAAAAGUAACAAGAACACCAAUUGAUAUUGUAACUAUUCAAAAUACACCUGAUAUUUACAAUAAGUUAUCAGAAUCAUUAUUUCCAUCAAUUCAUAGCCAUCAAAACAUUAAAAAUGCUAUUUUACUUAUGUUAGUUGGAGGUGUACAAAAGGAUGUUGGUAUUAGAUUGAGGGGUGAUAUUAACAUUUUAUUGGUAGGUGAUCCUGGUACUGCUAAGAGUCAAUUUUUAAAACAAACAAGUUCAUUUCUUGAAAGGUCUGUUUAUACUUCUGGUAAAUCUUCAAGUGCAGCUGGAUUAACAGCAGCAGUUACGAGAGAUGUAGAAAGUGGUGAAUUUACUAUUGAAGCAGGUGCACUUAUGUUAAGUGAUUUGGGUGUUUGUUGUAUUGAUGAGUUUGAUAAGAUGACAAUUAAGGAUCAAGUUUCUAUACAUGAAGCUAUGGAACAACAAACUUUAACUAUAGCUAAGGCUGGAAUAAACGCUACUCUUAAUUCAAGAGCUUCUAUUUUAGCAGCUGCUAAUCCUGUCAAAGGAAGAUAUGAUCGUAAAAAGACUUUAAAACAGAAUGUUAAUUUAAGUUUACCGAUUAUGAGUAGAUUUGAUCUUUAUUUUGUUUUAAUAGAUAAAGCAGAUGUAGAAAAUGACAGAAUGAUAUCUAAAUGUAUUUUAAGGAAUCAUCAAAAGUAUAAUGAAGCUGAUGAACUUCAAGAUGAUUUUUCUUAUUUCUCAGUUGAAGAUGUGAUUCAUUUCAUAAAAGAAAUUAAAACAAGAACACCGAUUAUUAAUGAAACGGCUUCUCAAGAACUAAAUAUUGCUUAUAAUAAGUUAAGACAAGAAAGUUUGGUAAAUAAGAAUAAUUAUUCAGUAACAAUUAGACACUUAGAAAGUUUAAUUAGAUUAAGUGAAGCUUUAGCUAAAAUUCAUAAUUCACCUGAAGUUAAUAGUGCUCAUAUUAAUGAGGCAGUUAGAUUGUUGAAGUCUAGUUUUGUUGAAGUUAGGAAGAGUGAUAUUAUUUUAAGUUCAAAUCAGGAAAAUAAUUUAAAUGUUACUAUUAAACAAAGAGAAUAUGAAAGUAUAACAAAUUCUCUUAUUUAUUUGGUUAAAUCUAAUGAGUUAAGUAAAGAUGAGAUUAUUUUAAAAUACUUAGAGUUGGUAGAAGAUACGAUUGAAAAUGUUCAAAUGAUUGAUGUGAUUAAGAAAAAGGUUAAUCAAGUGGUGGAGUUUUUAAUUACAAAUGAGGGUGUUUUAUAUGAAGUUGAAAAUGUUUUAUUUGUUCAUCCCAACUUUGAUUUGUAA